AUGCGAUCCAGCCUCUCGCGAUCCAAGCUCAAGUGCAUACACGAGGGAACCGCGCCAUGCCAAAGAUGCCGCAAGCUGGGAAACAGAGAUUGCGCCCUGACCCGACCGGUGUCAAGAACACCGCGUAGUAGCAAGGCGAGACGUAAAGAUGUUGGAGAUUCAGCAAGGGCAACGGAAACUCCCCGACAAAUUGAUGAUUCCAUCCUCGCCGCGCCUCGCGCCGCUCCUGAUGCCGCCCGUCGCCAACACACGCAAAGCGAGUCUCCCACGCGGUAUCGAGCCCAGGCGAAGCAGCAGCCGUUGCCCCCGUCCGACUACACGAAGCAAUUUGUGAGCUCUCACAUUGACAAUCUUUCCAAUAGCGUGAUUCUCCAGGCCGUCAAUCUUUUCAUCAAUACAUUUCCGGAGCUCGCCAUCUUGCAUCUUCCCACCUUCAUCGCGGAGCUCCAUGCGGAGCGCGAGCCCGAAAGCAAGGUUCUGCUCGGUGCCGUCUUGGCAGUGACCAAGGCGCAGUUAUCCGUGCAAAGCGCCUCGUGGGCCGAUGAACUGUUGUCGCGGGAGCACUAUGCUCUGUAUGCAAAGGACGUGCUAUCCGACUUCAUUCUGCAGCCACCCAAAGUGCAGAUUGUUCAAGCCUUGUUGAUCAUCACUCUUCACGAAUGGGGGACCAGAGACUUUCACAAGGCAUGGGUGUACUGUGGAAUUGCUAUUCGCAUAAUGCAAGCACUGCACAGCUUGCGAGCGGCACCCUACCCGCUCGACAUGACGUCCGAGCGACGGCACGACUCUGUUUCGUUGGCUGUGGAAACCAGAACCUACUGGGCUUGUUUCAUCAUGGACUGCAUGGUCAACUCGGGCACGUAUACGCCUCCCAUGCUUCCCAUGUCGGAAAUGGAAAAGAUGAGGAUUGCCCGGCCGCUGAGCGCUGUGGAAUUUGCCUUUGGGCCCGACGCACCGCCGCAGGCCGUGGGCGGCCAUCACUCACUGGCAGGCCAGUCGACGGGCAUGCUCGAUGUGACGCAGAGCUUUGAGAUUCUCGUAGGCGGCUUCGAUAUAUGGGCGCAGGUCAUGACCUUCAUCUUCAACGACGGGCGCCGCGCACCGGGCAUGUGUGCGCCGCAGAAUUGUCCCUGGGUCCCCGGGUCGCCGUGGUCACAAUCUCGAAGUCAGUUGGAGGCUUGGCGGGCAGGCCAGCACCGCAAGCUUCAUUAUCCCAGCAACUCGGUGGCCGUUCACAUGACCCUCGGGUUUGGCGAGACGUUUGUCUACCUAAAUCUCCUGUACUACGUGAGCACCCUCAUGCUUCAUCGCGAAUACUUCCCCUUCCUGCCGACCCCGGAGUCGGAGCCGCGCGGUCCCGUGGACCAACCCAUGUUGGAAGCGCCCGCCCCGGAAGGCUGGUGGAACGAGAGCUCACGACUUCUCUUUGGCGCAGCAGAGCACAUUGCCACCGUGUUGCACGAGGCGUCUGAGUGCGGCGUGCAUCUCAUGACGCCCUUUACUGGGUUUUGUGCAUUCUCGGCCGGCUACCUCAAUCUCUACGUGUCCAAGUAUCCCCGCAUGAACCUCGACCGUAGCCCGCGAGCAAAGGAAUGUCUCAAAAUGUGUCUGGACUAUUUGGAAAAGUUUCGACACGUCUGGAAAAUCGCAGACGGAUGGAUCAAGACGAUACAUCAUGCGUCUGUGCUUUAUGAACGGGCCACGGAAGACCGUACACGAUACCAGGGACGGACUCGGGCAGACUUUGACACGCUUCAUCAGUCGGUCCACGAGUUCCGUGUUGUGGAUAGAUCCGACGAACAUAGUCGGGAGAUACGUGGCGCAGAACGACCCUUGGCGCCGGCGACGUCUCCUUACACGCCGGGGGCGAUUCCAGAACAUGAGCUCGACACCAAUACCUUGCUCAAUCAGCUGUUCGCCGAAGUUAGUAACAAUCUGGAAGAGCAGGGGGCGUGGUCUCAAUGGUGGCCGGCAAUUGAACAGGUCGAUCUUCAAUCAACUGGGCAUUCAAUGCCAAUGGCGCCCUGA